AGAUUUCAUCUUUUAUCGACUUUAGCUUGUUGAUAUUCUGUUGUAUUUUCAUUUUGGCAACAGCUGAUUAAAAAUGGUUGAGCAGAGUGGAAAGGAUUAUGCUAAAAUCAUACAAACUGUUGAUUUGGACAAAGAGGUUAAUCCGAUUUGCAAUAACAUAGACGACAUGCUCGCCCGACUUGACGAGUUCGAAACGGUGUUAGCCUCCGUGCGUGCCGAAUCCAACAGCAUUAUGGCCAAUCACGUGUGCAGCAUUCUCAGUUUCAGUGAUAACUUUGGAGAGCUUCGAAAGCGCAUUGACAACCUGGAGCAGUUUGUGGCCAAAGUAAAUGAGAACCUAAACGAAGUGGAGAGCUCUGUGGAUGUGGCCGAGCAGGAGCUCAAUGUCACGGAAUACAGUCUAAAAGGUCUGCUACUGAAACCAUUAAGGGCCAAAUUAUCUGCCGCGGACUCACUUUUAACGCCGCCAAAAAGUAAUCUAAUUGAGGGCGAAUUUCAAGCGGUGCCAAUCUACAAGUCUGACGAAUUCUUUGGCACCUCAGAUGCAUGUGUCAGCACAUCUUCUUAGCUCUUAAAUAAUUGUUUACUAUACUAUUAGCGAGUAAUUAGCGAAACUGUUUAUGUGAUUCAAAUUUGACACUUAAAGAUUCUUAUUUAUUUGCAAUUGUUACAAUUUUGUCACAGGGCGAAAAAUAAUUUUAUUUGAAAGAAGAUUAUACAAACGACUAAGAGUAGCUUACUUAGUACUCUUUAGAUAACCAACAACUUAUCCGUCUGGGGUACCUCUGAAGAAUACGUUAAAAUGUAGACCACCGAAAUUGACAUUGUGCCCGCCACCGCGAGGCGCUCUUUGGACGUGAGUAACAACGCACAAGGUCAAUAAGAUCCACUGUAAAUUAAAGGAGUGAGGAAGUCCCUAAGCUAUGGCCUGCUAAGACAAUUAAGCGAGGGACUUACUAAUAUUUUCAUUUUUUCAAAGUUGACUUCAAAGAAAUUUUCAGUAAACUGUUUGAAUCGUUUUUCCGUGUAGCGUUUUAUAUGAUUCGUUCAAUAGUGUAUAAUAAUCUACAUUUGAUACGCCA